UUGAUUUUCUACCAGCAUUGGAAGAAUGCAAGCAAUUUGGCCCUUCCUUCAAGCAGCCAUCUGAACUCUUCUCCUACAGCCUCAGGCAGUCGCCAUUCUUCAAUUCAACAAGCUGACUUCUGGAUAGCCUCAAGCCCGGUUUUCUUCAAGCUGACCCUUCUCCUACAUAGCCUCAAGAAGUCGUGAUUCAGAACCAGUACCAGCUCGCUUCCGUUGCUCAACCUCCACAGCUGCGAUUUCUCUUCAUUGCGCCCAUCAUUCCUCUGAAGACUCGGGGUGUAUUUUGCGUUGGAAAAUUAGAGCAGCUAGUCUGUCUUGAAGGCUUCUGGUUCUGCUGGCUGGUCUCAAGAUCUGCAGAUGCUUUCGGGAAGAAGAGGCGGAGGUCUAACUAUACGCUCUAUAUGAUAUGCGUAGACAUCGACAAUUAACAUUGCCUUACCUUAAGAGAUCGAAAUCACUACUGAUUUUAGGCACCCGUUGUAUGCGUUCUUUUAUCAUAUUUAGUUCCAUUUUAGGUUCUUAAAAUUAGUUUCAAGAAAUCAGAUGGCUGCUAGAAGGAAGGGUCAAUUUCCUGCAGAUAGUCAGCCUUGCUGCGGAUUUUUUUUUCCUUCCUUCUUUGUGUUCACGUUUUUUGUGUUUCAUUGUAAUUGUUUUAAAUAUUUUUAAUGUCUUUUUUUUUUUCUUUUUUAAGUAGAAGAGCGACCUUAUAAUUUGGUAAUGACAUGACAUGCAAGGUGGUCAUUUUUGAUGACUUGACAGGUGGGUCACCGAUGAUUAAGGAGGCUUAAGGGAAGUUCUUGACUAAAUGCAAUUAUAGACAUUGAGUGGUCAAUUGAAUAGAACAAAAUUUUGAGUUUUAAAAUGGAGAAAUGUGCAGAUGUUGGACCUUUGAGAGUACGUUUAGCCUAAAGUUUGGUAUCUCUUUGUGUUUAUAGUAUUGGAAUGUAUCCUAAGUUACUUCCUAAACAUGUAGCCUCUGUCGUAAAAUACCAGAAAGAUCCUCUAAAAGCGCUUAAAAUGUUCGAUUCUGUGAAAGAGGAAAGUGGAUUCAAGCAUACGAUUUUAACAUAUAAAUGUAUGAUUGAGAAGCUUGGGUUUCAUGGUGAAUUUGAGGCCAUGGAGCAAGUUCUCAUGGAGAUGAGAAGGAAUAUUGAUAACAGUUUGCUAGAAAGAGUGUAUAUUGGAGCAAUGAGAAAUUAUGGAAGGAAGGGGAAGGUUCAAGAAAUGAUGCAAGUGCAGAAUAAGAUUCUCAAUGAUGCAAUUUUGAAGGUUUGUCCCGAUGAAUUCACAUAGUUCUUAAUUAGUGGGUUAUGUCAAGGUGGUGAAAUGGAUCGUGCUCUGGCUACCUUUAAGGAGGCUGCAAGAAAAGGAUCGAAGCGUAGUAUUGUUUUGUACAACACUUUGAUCAAAGGGUUAUGUAAGCAGGGAUUUGUUUUGGAAGCGUUGCAGUUGAUGAAUGAAAUGUCAGAAAAUGGUUGCAAUCGUGACAUAUGGACUUACAACAUUAUCAUAAAUGGAAUGUGCAAGAUGGGCUGUGUGCAUGAUGCAAAUAAGCUCAUGAAUAUUGCAAUUUCCAAGGGCUACCUCCCUGAUAUAUUUACUUUUAAUACUUUGAUUGAUGGGUAUUGCAAGCAGUUGAAAUUGGAUAAUGCAAUAGAUGUUGUAAAUAGAAUGUGGAGUGAGGGUGUAUCUCCUGAUGUAAUCACAUACAACUCUGUUCUGAAUGGCCUCUGCAAGGCUGCCAAGUUUGAUGAUGUAAUGGAAACUUUUAAUGCAAUGAUGGGGAAGGAAUGUGUUCCAAACUUAGUUACAUACAACAUACUUCUGGAGAGCCUAUGCAAAGCUCGAAAGGUUAAUGAAGCCCUGAACUUGCUCAAGGAGAUAGAAAAUAAGGGCUUGACUCCAGAUUCUGUUAGUUUGGGCACAUUGAUUGAUGGGCUUUACAAUAACGGGGACUUGGAUGGAGGUUACCUGCUUUUUAGAAGAAUGGAAUCGGAAUACAAGAUUUCUCAUACAACAGCAACAUACAAUAUCAUGAUUAGUGCAUUUUCUGAGAAGCUAGAUAUAAAUAUGGCUGAAAAGCUUUUCCAAGAGAUGCAUGAUUGUGGGUGUGCACCAGAUACUUACACUUACCGUGUCAUAAUUGAUGGCUUUUGCAAAACAUGCAACUUUGAUUCUGCUUACAAAUUUCUCUUGGAAAUGAUAAAAAAUGGGUUUAUUCCAUCUCUUACAACAUUUGGGCGGGUAAUUAACUGUCUGUGCAUUGAGCAUAGAGUUCCUGAGGCUGUUUGUAUCAUCCACCUGAUGGUGCACAAGGGUAUCGUCCCUGAUGUUGUGAACACAAUUUUUGAGGCUCACAAGAGGGAGAUAGCAGCUCCUAAGAUAGUUGUGGAAGACUUGCUGAAGAAAAGUUGUAUAACUUAUUAUGCCUAUGAACUCUUAUAUGAUGGUAUUAGAGAUAAAAAGCUACUAAAGAAAAAGAUACUUGGUGAUAACAUAAUGGAUGCAAACUCCUUCAAGCACAGUACUGGUAGAUCAUGGGCUGCACAUGGCAUGCAAAAGGAACUUCCAGGGUGUCCAGUAUUCUGAUGUCUCAUCAAUCACUCUUUUUUUCUUUGUUAUCUUUCUUUGGAAGCAAAAUCCUUUUAUGGGUGUCACCAUAUUAAUAAGGGUCUGCAAAGAGGCAUGCAACUAGCAAAAGCGCAUGACUUUGCUUUAUGCUUUUUCAUAAUAUGACCUGGCGGAAAAGAAAGUCGGCGGUGGGCAGUACUGUUGAAAGUGCUCUGCAAAAAUAUUUGGGUAUUUCCUGAUGGAAUUUUCCCAAGGGCUUCAGGUGCUGUCCUAUUACCAAAACUUGCAAACUCAUGAGAUCAGAUAGGAUGCCGAACUAAGAUCAAAUUACUCAAGGUUGUGGGAGUGAGUCCAAAAUCUCAAAGACAAGUCCUUUCUGCAACCCAAUUAUGUUAAUGGGUAUUUUUGGCAGCUGUAUGCUUCAGAGCAUUAAAUGAUUGUGCCGAACAGAAAUGACAUCAAUAGAGGAACACCAGCUGAACUAAGAUCCUGGUUCUCUCAUGCAAGCACAUUUCAAUUAAACGAGAAGCAGAUCUGUUGUAACAAUAUUUGGGAAGAAGAUGAUAUGUACAUAUAACAAUAUAAUAUAUUUUCAUAGAAAAUUGUUGGUGUUUUGCUCCCCU